AAAAUGACGAGCUGGUUCUUGCACUGUGUUAUGGGACUGCUACUUUACGCUGGCUUACUUGUUCCCACCUUCGAGGUUUGUGAAAUUGCGGGAUGUAAUGAAGUUUACAGUGUGUACUGCAGUAAUAUUACUCACAAUACGGUGAGGACAGAAAUCUGUUAUUGCGGGACGCUCCUCCUCUAAUACAAGUUUAGCUUGGCUUGGGGUUGUGGAGUUACGGCUAUUGUUAAAGUUACGUAACUCGGAGAAUCUUUGUAGUGCUAAUAUCAUCCUCAGUGAGUCUGUGAGGGUGUAUUUCAGUAAAGGCUGUCCCUUGUCUCGAUUAUCGGACUCGAGGAACUACGCCCCUCAUAAAUACCGUGAGAGCGACUCGAGAGACUUGAGAUCAUUUGUGGAGUUGAAGGAAAGGAGGAAACAUCUCAUGAAAAUAUACUAGCUGUUGCAUGACCUGCAGGUCUCAAUGGACUGGGCCCUUGUUGUUGUUUUGCAAGUCAUGUUUCAGCCAUCUCUCUCAGUCUUGUUCACUGUGGAGGCUGAGCGAAGCAUGUACGAGUCAGAGUUUGGAGGAGAUGUUGUGAUGGGCUGCAGGUUUCAGCCUAAACUAUCAAAUCCUCAUGACAAACUGAAGGUGACCUGGCAAAGGGUCAACCACUCGCCUCAGAAAGUGUACCGGAUGGAUAACUGGACGGAGGACUUGGCAUUCCAUGAUCCGGACUAUCUGGGCCGAGUGAAGCUUCACACUGAGGAGCUGAAGGACGGCUGGGCCAAGUUACAGAUCUCCAGGCUCAGGAUCAAUGACACGGGGACCUACCAGUGUUUGGUGCAGACUAAAGAAGGAGCCGAUUAUAAAAAGAUAACUUUGUCCGUUGUAGCACCUUAUAAAGCAGUGACUAAACACAUUCAGAAGACUGCAGAGGGGGAUGAGGUGCUGCUAACCUGCCAGUCUGAGGGAUACCCCGAGUCUUCUGUUACGUGGCAAGAUGGAAACCUGCGGAACCUCAACCCCAAUACCACAGCUGUAUCAACAGCAGACCAGCUUUUUAAAGUCACCAGUCAGAUUCACGUCCGAUCAUCAGACAAAAGCAACUACACGUGUUACUUUAAUGGGCACUCAGCAACAUUUCAUAUUCCAGAUGAAAUACCUAUUCCUCCUGUAAAAAAUGAUGCUCUCAUCGUUAUAUUGAGCAUAGGAGUGAUAAUGGUAGUCAUUACCGCUGCGGUGUUCAUGUAUCGACGACGAAAAGGGUACAGCAAUCCCAGUACCAAGAACCUUUCAGUCGACGAUCGAGGCAGGUCUGUUUCUGCUGCUGCCUGCCUACAAGUAAAUAAAGAAAAUGAGGAAGAGAAAACUAUUUUUAAUGAAGGCUGCAUGGAGGAAAAUCUGGGGGCGUUAGUGAAAUCACGUUAUUCCGAUUUCUUCUUCAGCGGUUUGGAGGAGUUGCCUCACAGGCUGCAAAACAAUAAGGGCCAGCCUGUGAAUCUUCAAGCUUUACUCCCAGAAGCUGGAGAGAUGCUUUUUCUUGAGGGACCCCCAGGAAGCGGGAAGACAACCGUAGCCCACAUCCUGGUGUCUUCUUGGACUGAAGGGCCCACACAUGCCCUCUCUAACCUCCUUGAUCUCAGCAUCCUCCGACUUCUCUUAUAUGUUGACUGCAGCAAAGUGAAGGGUGACUUGUUUCUGGAAAUAACUACUCAACUUGCGCUCACGGAAAAUAUAUCAACAGAGGAUGAGCUGAGGACUUUGUUAAGCGGAUCCAGUGAGGCUCUGCUGUUGCUGGAUGGGUACAGAGAAGGGAACCAAUUUUUCGACGAGUCCUUAAGUAGCUUUCUAAGCGAAAAAGGAGGAUGCAGGGUGCUGGUCAUGGCCUGCCCGGGACACUGCCCCGCGCUCAGGGACACAGUUGGGACAGGAGGGGUGCUGAAGCUCCAAACACAAACUGCGAAGUACUGAGGACACAAAAGUUUGUGACCAACAAAGACAUUAAGCGCUUGUUACAUUUUUAACAAACAUUUGUAUGAUGUUAAUCAUUUUUUUACACUGACUGUAUGAUAUGUAGAAGCCCAAAUAUGCUGCAACAGUUUUUUAAUUCAGUAUAUGUAAAAUACCCAAUGAACUGCUUUCUUGUGUUCUUGACAGCCCUGAUCGUCAUUUUGAUUAAAAUGAUUACAUGUAAGAAUGGAGAAACUCCACGGUACAAUGGGUAAUCCACCUUAACUUUUUUUGUGCUAUUCAUUAAACUCCUGAAAGUGGUUUCAGCUACACAUCAAACUCUGUUUCCAAUAGAUCGGAUAGUUCAAAUACUUUAUUAAUGAUUGCAGUUGUUUCUGUUUCUGUUCUGUGUCAGCCCAUGAGAAAAAGAAAGGUCAUUAUUAAGGUUAUUUGCUAGACUGCAAGCAAAGCAGCAACAGUUUCUUUGUGCUAUGAGUGAAAAGAGAAGUGACUCUAUGAGUAUUCCUGGCAAGCAGCCUUGCCGGUUCCAGUAACAUUUGAUAAAAAAGGCAUUAUUUUUCUUCUGUAUGUUCUUCAUUCUUUAGUAUCAUCUUACAUCACACCGUAUCCAUAACUAAUUCAGAUUUUCAUUCAGUCAGCGUGUUGUCAUGUUGCAUUAUGCAUAUUUGACUCAUUUUUUAUCCACACUUAUUUUAUUUCAGUGGCUAUCUGCAAGGAGCAGCAACAUCAACCCUCAGAUAGGUUUAAAGAGUAACCUUGACUAAAUGCCGAUGUGUAUGUGUGUUUUUGCACUACAGCUGCUGGCCGUGUGAGCUCAAAAGCUCUGCAGUCAGCAAUAAUUCAGCAUGUUGUUAUUUCCUUUCUCUCACUCUUCAAAAUCUUUCUGAAUGAGGUUAAUUUACCUUAUAAACUGAGAAGUGAAAAACUGACUGUGAGGCAGAAUGGCAUCCAGAUGUUUAAAGUGGUUGACGUAUGUUGCAGUUAAUAGGACAUGGAGGAUGGAGGAUGACAGGAGCAUGAGAGGGCAUACUGGAUGCAGGAAACUGUAUACAGUCAGUGACCAGAUAAACCCACCGCUACAGAGGACAUGGGUUCUUAUCUUCACACAGAUGUUAUUUUUAAAGAAUAAUCUCAUAGACUGGUCCUAAAAACAGCUGCCAGUAACUCAACACCUUAUCAUAUUUCACUUCCUUUUACAGAAUGUGUGUAAAUUUUAUUAUUUACAGUAUGUACAAGAAAAAAGACCAUCAUACUUAAGAGUUUGCUAGACCUUUAAAAGACAAACACGCAGAUUCUCCUGCAACGAGAAACUAAGGGAAAGGCUUAGGUCAUAAAAUGAUCAUACAUAUUAUUAUUAGAAAUAAAUAUACAAUAAGUAUUGCAAUAUAUUGUGUAUUAUUAGUAAAACUACAUAUUUAACAAGGAUUGUGCCUCCUAUAUACUGUACUGUGCUGUUACUGUUAAGGAAGAAGAAUAAUCAUUAGCUUAUUAAGGGGAUUAUUAGCCUACAUCAGCUGUUGCUUGUAAACUAUUUAUGAGCAACUUCCUCCUUUUUAUACUUGAACUAAUACUGCAGACACUGCUUGUGCAUUGUUUUGUUUGAGAUUUUCUGCUUUGCUCAGAGAGUUAAUGAAUACAUCCUUUAAUCUGUAAUCUCAGCUGUGAUGUCUGUUCUUCAGCCCAUACAGACACUCUGUUUAUCAGUCAGCAUUAUGUGAAAAUGAACAGGAAACUGUCUGACUGUCUCAUAAAAGAGUGAUCAAUUAAA